AUCACAAAUGUCUGUUUAGAGGAAUUGUUUAGACGCGCGUUGUUCCACAAACGAAGACGGUUCUUUCAAUUCAGACGGUUUUGAUAUUUUUGGUUAAUUCGAUAGUGUUCGCGCCAAAAUGGAUUACAAUAAAAUGAAAGUGAAUGAUUUGAAGUCGGAAUUGGCUUCCCGGAACUUGGAUACCAAAGGAGUGAAAGCGGUUUUGGUAGAGCGUUUGAAGGAAGCGAUCGAAAAGGAAAAUGCUGGAAAUGCUCCAUCUACGCCCGCACUAGCAGCAACUCGUAAACCGGAAAUAUCGACACCAAAUCCAUCUACACCAGUACGAAGAAGUCGCCGACGCUCUAUGACACGGUCCCCGUCACCAACAAAACCGGAAAUUUCAAUCCUUGAAAGUGUUAGCGAAGAGCAAGGACAAUCGGAGGAGGUUGAAUUAUCCAGUGCUCGAAAAAAACGCAGAUCAAGCUCAAAUACGAAAUCUCCUUCCCCGUUGAAACAUCAAGAUGUUACACGCUUAGGUGUAUUACAGGAAGAACCUGACAAUGAGGAUGGAAAAGUGGAGAAUUCCAGUCCACAAAAAGAUGAAUCCGCUCCUGCGGUAGCAUCUGAAAACGAGGAAUCAAAUACUAUGGAUGAUGACCCAAAAAUAUGUGAAGAAAAUUCUGAUAUAACAGAGAAAUCAUCUGAAAUCGUUUCUCCACAGAAAGUUACACCAACCUAUCCUGAAAAAUGUCCAAAACCGAAGGCUAGUAUUGAGACCGCCAAUGAGAAGAAUAGUUCAGAUGUAUUAGCGCAGGAAUCUGACAUAUCUCUAGAGAAGAAAUCUGAAGUAGCCCAAUCACAACAAACCGAAACUGCAGAAAAAUGUGAAAAUGAAUCAGUCGUUGAAAUACCCGCUGGUGAAGGGACAACUGUACCGGAAGUUGAGUUAGAUCCAUCAAAUUAUCAAAACAAAGAAACAGUAGAAACGGUGGAAAAAUCAUCCGAUGAUGAUUUACCUAAUACUGUUACGGCAUCUGAAUCAAACGCUGUUGAAAUUCCCGUAACCGUGGGAAAAUCUGGUAGCUCCGGAGAGGAUAGCGAAAAAAAUAACGAAGAAAAACAACAAGAACCUACGAUUAGUGAACCCAAACAGCCAUCGGAAAUAGAAGCCUCAUCGCUGGAAAAAGUAAAAAUACCACCAAAAUCUGAAAGUACAAAACCUCAACAAUAUCCAAUUGUAUUUACUGCUGAUGAAAAUGAACCUGAAACCACAAACCGCGGUGUAUCACUCAGCUGGUUUGAUUCUGAUUUGAAUCUUGUGAUUGAUUCAGAAUCGCUUGAUGCAGCGGAACCCUUAUCUGACGGGGCAUUAGCUUUGGUGUGGGCAGGAGCCAGGGCUAACAUGGGAGUCGACAAAGGGAAAGUUUAUUAUGAGAUUCAUCUCAAUAAGAGUAUUGCGGCACGCAAGGUGAUCGAUGAGCCGAUCGCGUGUGAAUUUCGUGUUGGAUGGUCAAUUCUAGAUGCCAGCCUUCAACUGGGAGAGGACAAAUUUUCUUUUGGCUAUGAUAGCAACGGUUCCAAAGUAACAGAUUGUUGCUUUAGUGAUUACGGUCUCAAGUACGAAAUAAAUGACGUUGUCGGGGUUUAUCUGGACAUGGAGUCCAAUCCGUGCAAGAUUGAAUACACAGUCAACAAUAUCAGCCAGGGAAUUGCGUUCGAAUUCGACCCAAGCGAGAUUGAGGGAAAAGCACUGUUCCCUCAUGUCUACAGUAAAAAUAUAGCCUUCAAAAUUAAUUUUGGACAACUUGAAAGAAGUCUGCUGAAUAACAGGGAAAUUAAGACCGAGAAAACGCAAACCAUUGAAAAAGAAGAACCUAAAAAUGGCAAUGAUGACAAAGACGCAUCGCAGCAGUCGGAAACGACUGCGAAUGCAUCAGAUUCCAACGACCAAAAAGAUGGAAAUUCUGCUGGUCAAGAGAAGCCUGAACCUGAACCAAUCGAACAAAAGGACGAAAAAAUACAAGAAGAAACUGACGAUAAAGAUGAGAAGCCCAUAUAUCCAGACUAUACUUACAUCGACAAAUUGGCGAAGGAAAAUUUGAUUGCCGGAGUACGUGGACCCGAUGGACGGAAAGAUUGCGAGGUUACUUUCUUGAUAGGUUUACCAGCGUGUGGCAAAACAACUUGGGUGCAGAACUAUAUUAAAGAGAAUUCUGACAAGAAGUUCACUAUUUUGAGUGUCGAAGCCCUACUCGAUAGAAUGAAGAUCUCUGGUGUACCCCGGAAACCAUCAAGCACAAACACAUACUCAAAAUUGUUGGACCAACUUAAUAAAAGCAUCAACAACAAGCUUAUCGAUAUUGCUGCCAAACGCAGAAGAAACUUUAUUGUAGAUCAGGCUAACGUGUUUGCUUCCGAACAAAGACGAAAGCUCAGUGGAUUUGGAGAAUACGCAGUAAGACGAGCAGUUGUAAUUGUAUCGGAUGAAGAGGAAUACAAACGUCGCGUCCAAUCCAAAAAAGAUGAGCUAGGAGGCGAAAUGUACGAAAGAAAUACAAACGCAAUGAAGGCAAAUUUCCACAUUCCUGCCUCCGAGCACAAUUGGUUCACCGAUUUUGUGUAUCCAGAUCAGGAUGAGAAGGCAGCGCGAGAGACGAUAAACAAUAUAGUCCACAGCCAGCGUCUCGCCAAUAAAAGCCUACAAUCACGCGGUUCAAAUAAUCAACGAUGGAAUCAAAAAUAUAGUAACAAUCGUUACGGUAAACAACAUCAUUCUGGAUACAAUACUCAACAGCAGCACAGCGUUCAACAACACGGUCAUAACAAGAGCUACCGGUCAGGCAACGCUUAUGGACGACGCGAUUUUAACACGUACAGAAGUGGAAGUUAUUCUGGAAAUAAUAACUGGAAUCGUUACGACGGGCGCAAUGAUCGUUACAAUAACCGAGGAUAUCAACGUAAUCAAAAUAUGCGCUCUUAUGGUAACUACGGAGGCUAUAACAGCGGAUCUCAUCGGAAUCAACAACAGAAUUGUUGGAGUUACGGCUCUCAAAACAAUGGCACCCAACAGUGGUAUUCUUGGUGGCAGUCAAAUCUCGAAAACUUAUUGCAGCAGCAAGGCAGAAGUGGAUCGGACCAGAGCGGACAGCAAGCGAAUAUGGAGCAGUACUGGUCUCAGUACGCACAGCAGCACAACUACGAAAAUUACCAAUCAAAACCCCACGGAUCAGGAUCGUCUAGGAAUAAGUAGAUAAAACCGCUUGGAAGAAAUGUAUAAAUAAGAAAAUAUUUUCACAAGUCUUGCACCACAUCAAUUAUUACAUAAGAAUAUGUAAUAGCAGAUUGCACUGCAAAAUUCAACUUACUUAACCCUGCAACUGUUAUAAUAAUUAUGAUACGAAGCAAAUGUUGAAAAUUGAAAUAUUCAGUUUGAAUGCGAAUGAACGGAAUAGUUAUAUAACACAUAAAUGCUAUCUAUUAUUAUUAGUGUAUUUAAUUUGUUUAAAUAUGUCGCGGUAUUUUAUAACGGUAAUAAAGCACGCAAGAUGAUCGAAGUGUAGUAUCAUUCUCUGUGACUAUUCCGUAAUUAUUCCGCAACUUUCACGAAGUUUUUAGUAUGUACGGUGUAAUAAUGAUAAUUUAAAACUGAUAUAAAUUAUGGUUAUUUACGAUAAUUUGAAUAAGGAUUGCUUGCAUUAUAAGCAAAAGUAGAAUAAGUUUUAGAUGAAUACAACUCUAAUUAAGAAUACAGCACAAAACCGUAUUUUAUUCUAAAAUA